AUGAUUCAAGAACGAGCUGAUUAUAAGUCACUUGAUCCCGCUGAUAUCCUCGAGAGGCUAAAUACUCAUGAGUUCCAGCUUGCAAAGAAGAGAGAUCUCUAUGGACCGAGCUACGGAAGAUCACGAGCACUGAAGGCCAAGGCAAUAUCUGAGUCCGAAGCUAAAGAUUCUGGUAGCAGCCUUGGUGAUCCUGAAGAAUUGAGCCAGGAGCUAGCAAUGCUCGUGAGGAAAUUCCAGAAGUUCUCUCGCCGCGGUCGCUUUGGAAAGUCUUCAAGAAAUGAUGAUUCCUCGUCCCGUGACUACAAAAAGAGAACUUGCUACAAAUGCAAGAAACCUGGUCACUACAUGUCUGAUUGUCCUCUGUGGGAAAAGGAAUCAAAGAAGAAGAGUUACAAAGAUGACGAUUCUGAUGACUCGAAGAAGAAGAAAUCUUCAAAGUCUUCAUCAUCAAAAUCUUCAAAGUCUUCAUCUCACAAGAAGGACAGUUCCAAGAAGGCCCGGGCAUUCAUUGGCAAGGAAAUGGACUCUGAAGCCGAAUCUGAGGAAAAUGUGGAAGAGGAGGAAUCUGAGGAAUCUGACUCUGGUGUGGCUAGCCUAGCCCUCGGCACUGCUUACGUCAGCAAGUCCAUCUUCAACACUAAAGAAAAUGACUUCCCCGACUAUGCUGACAAGAGCGUCGAUGAGUAUGCUCCCAGCUAUUGCUUCAUGGCAAAAGGUGCCAAGGUACUCAAACAUUCCCCCUCUGACUCUAGUGAGGAUGAAUCUGAUGACAAUCUCAAGCCUAGCUAUUCAAAACUUGCUAAAAUUGCCGACCACAGCCUACCACAUGUCUACUUGCAAAAGCUUCAGAAUGUUGGUUAUGGCAUCAACGACUUGGUCAUGCUGGGAUGA